ACCGGUGUUUGGUGCUUCACUAAAACGGGUCUUUCCUUCUUCCAGCCGUCCAUGCUCUGAACAGCUGAUGAGGUGUUUCUGUCUGUCAAAGAAGCGUGAAACCUUCAGCCUAAUCUCCAAGAUUAUAAUCUGACAUGACUAAAGAAGAAGUCCAGGGGGCGGCGCAGGAGGAGGCGCAGGCCCAGUCAAAGAAAGCCCUGAAGAAACAGCAGAAGGAAGCGGAGAAAGCUGCAAAGAAGGCUGAGAAACAGGCCAAGCUGGCUGCCGAGGAACAAAGCACAGAGGAAGAUGAUUUUGCCAAGGAGCGCUAUGGUGUUUCGGCGAUGGUCCAGUCGCAGCAGAAACUGGACAGGCUGUUGGUGCGCGUGCAGGACCUCACUGCCGACAAGGCUGAGCAGCUGAUCUGGGUGCGCGCCAGAAUCCACACCAGCAGAGCCAAAGGGAAGCAGUGCUUCUUGGUCCUGCGUCAACAGCAGUUCAACGUGCAGGCGCUGGUCGCGGUGGGAGAUCGUGCCAGCAAGCAGAUGGUCAAGUUUGCCGCCAAUGUCACCAAGGAGAGCAUCGUAGACGUGGAGGCGGUGGUGAAGAAAGUAGAGCAGAAGAUCGAGAGCUGUUCCCAGCAGGACGUCGAGCUCCACGUCGAGAGGAUUUUUGUCAUCAGCCAAGCCGAGGCCCGUUUGCCCCUGCAGCUGGAGGAUGCUGUCAGGCCCGAAGGAGAGGCCGACGAGGAGGGCAGAGCCACGGUCAACCAGGACACCAAGCUGGACAACAGAGUGAUCGAUCUGAGGACGACAACCAGCCAGGCCAUCUUCCGCCUCCAGUCGGGCGUGUGCCAGCUCUUCAGAGACACUCUCACCAAGAAGGGCUUUGUGGAGAUCCAGACCCCCAAAAUCAUAUCAGCUGCCAGCGAAGGCGGGGCCAACGUCUUCACGGUGUCCUACUUCAAAACCAGCGCCUACCUGGCCCAGUCGCCCCAGCUCUACAAGCAGAUGUGUAUCUGCGCUGACUUUGACAAGGUCUUCUGCGUGGGUCCAGUUUUCAGGGCGGAGGAUUCCAACACCCACCGUCACCUGACUGAGUUUGUGGGUCUGGAUAUCGAGAUGGCCUUCAACUACCAUUACCACGAGGUCAUUGACUCCAUCACUGACACCAUGGUCCAGAUCUUCAAGGGCCUCAGAGACAACUUCCAGACGGAGAUCCAGACGGUGAACAAGCAGUAUCCCAGCGAGCCCUUCAAGUUCCUGGAGCCCACCCUGAGGCUGGAGUACACCGAGGCCGUGGCCAUGCUGCGGCAGGCCGGGGUGGAGAUGGGCGACGAGGACGACCUCAGCACGCCCAACGAGAAGCUGCUCGGCCGCCUCGUCAAGGAGAAGUAUGACACAGACUUCUAUGUGCUCGAUAAGUAUCCGCUGUCUGUGAGGCCUUUCUACACCAUGCCUGACCCCAGCGACCCCAAAUACUCCAACUCGUACGACAUGUUCAUGAGGGGAGAGGAGAUCCUGUCCGGAGCUCAGAGGAUCCACGACGCUCAGCUGCUGACGGAGAGAGCCUCUCAUCACCAGAUCGAUCUGGAGAAGAUCAAGGCCUACAUUGAUUCCUUCCGGUAUGGAGCUCCCCCACAUGGCGGCGGAGGCAUCGGUCUGGAGAGAGUCUGCAUGCUCUACCUGGGCCUCCACAACGUCCGCCAGACCUCCAUGUUCCCACGUGACCCCAAGCGCCUGACCCCUUGAGCCCUCGGUCACGUGCCUGAACCCAGCCAUCACCAGACAAACACACGAUGCUGGUCAUGGGGAAAAAUACUAAUCCACAAUCCAUAGAAAGAGAGAAAGAGAGAGAGAGAGUGUAGGAGCUGAUGCCAUCCUAUGACUCUGAAGUGCCACUCUGAUUAACCAUUUGAAUGAUAGAAUAAAGCCAUUGUUAACAAUAGGUUGAACUUUAUUGAUUGGUGUGCACAGUUGGUCUAGCCUGACACAAAUAACAGAUAUAUUAAAGGGAAAAAGGGGUGUUGGCAAAUGAUUUAGUGACAUGUUGCCAUAAAGGUGCACACUCAUAAUCCAUCUCUUAAUCAAUAAAUCAGUGUUUGUCUUAGCUCUUUUUUUAAUGGAGAUCUAACGGUCUACUUUGAUACAGGUCUAAGGCACUGCUACUACCUGAUGAUUGUGGUCUCAAGCAGUAUGCUGGUGUUAAUUACUACAGAUGUUUUGUAAGUAAUUGGAGCACUAAACAUGGACAAUAAAAAGACUUCUCAAACCAUAAA